CCAAAAUAUUCAGUGUGUUAGAUAUAUAUGAGAAAUAAUGUUACGAGUUCAAAUAGACAGCUCAUCGCCCCGCCUCUUCUUCCGGAAGACUCCAUUGACCAUCAUGGCGCUCGUAAGAAGUGUCUACAAUUUGCUCUUCAGGAGAACGUCAACUUUCGCUAUAACCAUUAUGGUUGGCGCUGUUGUCUUCGAGAGGGUGUUUGAUCAGGCUGGAGAUGCGGUAUUUGAAAGCAUAAAUCGGGGGAAACUCUGGAAAGACAUCAAACACAAUUAUGAAGUGAAGGAAGAAUAAUCAUGCUUUGAUGCAGCUAGUGGAGCCUUCAUUCUGCCAUCAUCCCAUUUCCUGAUGAGACCCUGUUGGAUGGUCCACCGGCUUCUGCAGUGUCUUCGGCCACCAUGUACCAUCUUCCAGCCGGAUUGUCCUGGGGAUAUAGACAUUUACGGAACCCUGUUAAAAUGUCACGUGACCACCUGUUAUUGUGUGACGUGUCCCAUUCUUCAUGAUUUGUAAAUGUGUUGCUAACUUGAUUCUGUUUGAAUAAACUCAAUGACCCAGAAUCAUUUAAAA